AUGUCAACAAUCAUCGUAGGGUUACGAUACUAUUGCCGAUACUUUCUCAUGGGAUCAGUCAGUGCAAGCGAUCAUCUCAUGUUCGUCGCUCUUGUGGUUACAUGGGGCAACUUCGUCGUAAACUUCUAUCAAGACGAGACGAGCCGUCAUUCCCGUCCAAGCUAUCUGUUCAAACCAGAGGAGCAUCCAGAGGUCGUGGAACAUGUGCGCGGAAACCUUAUCUCAUGGUGGGUAUACCGCUUGACCUACACCAUUGGCCUAGGCUUCGUAAAACUCAGCAUCCUCUUCUUCUACCGCGCCAUCGCCGCCAACAAGACAUUCCGUCGGCUCGUGUACGCUACGAUCGCGUUUGUCUGCAUGUACACAUUUGCUGCGAGCAUGGCGUCCACCUUCCAAUGCGAAAACCCCUCAGACGCUUGGUCUACAGUCAACUACUUGGCACAGUUCGAUCGCGAUCCAAAAACCAAGCAAAUACAGGUCAAAUGCUUCGAUCCUAUCAAGCUCUGGGUGUUUUCCUCGGCCUCCAAUCUGAUAAGCGACAUCAUCAUUCUCAUGCUACCGCUACCGACGCUGCUCAGCCUUCGCAUACCCAUGGCCAAACGUCUGGCACUCAUUGGCAUAUUUUCUGUUGGAGUCAUGGCCAUCACUGCAUCGUCCGUACGAAUGUGGGUUAUGAUGCUGUGGGCCGAGUCACCUUAUAAUUCGGCGCGUUUUGGAAACGACCUCCUUCUGUGGGGUCAAGUUGAGACAAACAGUGGAAUCAUCUCCUCAUCUAUACCAUUCCUCCGUCUCUUAUUCCGCAGCAAACAAAAGGAAGAGCGGAGCGCAACGCCGAGGAAGGUUUACAAAGUCCCUUCGCAGCCUCUCCAGAUUGAUGCCUUUAGCCAGCACAAAGCACUCGACAUGGGCGAAUGGCCGCUCCGGGACGAGAAGAUGGCCACGGAGCAAUCCAAUUGCUUCAUCACCAUACACGCAGAUACGAUGCGUACUAGAGGCUCUGCUUGGGGUCCCUUCAUCACGAUACCGGAAAGCCUAAGCUCGAGCAGUAGAGGCGAGGCACAGCUGGAGCCCACACAUAACCCGCAUAUGACAGUGUAA